UCAACAAAAAUAAAAUGUUAUUUUCUAGUUCUCUGCGAUAAAACCCUUUUGGGAACAGAUUGGAAUUAAAAGUGGGAGGAAGCAGCAGUCUCUCUGACUGGUGUAUAGCAGCUCCUGAUUCUCUGACAAGACAGCAGCCUGUCGUGUUUUGUUUUGAAUCAGUUGUAUUGGUCUUAUGUGUAUAUAAUCUCAAACCCAUUUCAAUUCGUUUAGCAGAUUGCUUUCUCUUUCAAUAUGUCUGGUGGUGGAAGAGUUCAGGGACUUUCCAGGUCAUGUAUUCUUCUUAUAGUGAUUGCUGGCAUGGAGAGGUUUGCAUUCAAAGGGGUGGCAUCGAAUUUGGUUACAUAUCUCACAGAUGUAGUGCAAAUGAGCAAUUCUUCAGCAGCCAAAACAGUUAACAGUUGGUGUGGAUUCACUUCAAUGUUGCCACUGUUGGUGGCACCCUUGGCUGACUCUUUUUGGGAUAGUUAUUCAACCAUUUUGACCUCAUCUUUCGUCUAUGUUUUGGGACUUGGAGCAGUGGCAUCAACAGCAACGAUAUGGACAUGGUCACCACCAAGCAACAAAAGCUCCCCAGCAUUCCUGUUUUGGUCUCUGUGUUUGAUUUCACUAGGCCAAGGUGCAUAUAACCCAUCUUUGCAAGCCUUUGGAGCUGACCAACUGGAUCAUGAUGAAGAAUUACCCUCUAGCAAGGAUGACAAAAGCUCUAACAAAAAGAGUUUAUUCUUCCAAUGGUGGUAUUUUGGUGUUUGUAGUGGCAGCCUCUUAGGUGUCAUACUUAUGUCCUACAUCCAAGACACCUUUGGUUGGAUACUUGGAUUUGCCAUCCCCAUGUUUGCAAUGAUUACAUCAGUUGCAAUUUUCACAUGUGGUAACCGAAUCUAUGCAUAUAAACCAGAUAAAAGCAUUGACAGUAAGCCAUUUCAGAACAUACUUCAAGUAAUCAAAGUGACUGCAUCAAAGCUUGUCAAUGGCAGAAUCAGAAUCAACUUACCAGAUGACAAGUCUGAUGUAGGGGAGCUUGAGCUUCAAGAGAAACCACUUUGUGAUCAAAAGUUUGGCAGCAAUGGUGGUUUCGAUGGGAAUCCCAGAAACAAAACUUACCUGCUUGAAAACGCUAAAAUAGUACUCAGGCUUUUGCCAAUAUGGGCAAUGCUUCUGAUGUUUGCUGUAAUUUUCCAACAACCUGCAACCUUUUUUACGAAACAAGGCAUGACAAUGAAGAGGAACAUCGGUAGGAACUUCAAGAUCCCACCAGCAACACUACAAAGUGCAAUUACGUUAUCUAUAAUACUAAUGAUGCCAUUAUAUGACAAAGUUUUGAUCCCAAUCACCCAAAUUGUUACCCGCAAUCAAAAAGGUAUUACCGUAAUGCAGAGGAUGGGAGUCGGCAUGUUUCUAUCCAUCAUUGCUAUGAUCAUAGCUGCAGUUGUCGAAACAAAGAGGCUCGAGAUCAGCAGGAAGAUGAGUUCCCUAGAAUCAGAAACAGUAGAACUAAGCAUCUUUUGGUUGCUUCCUCAAUAUGUUCUUCUAGGAAUUUCAGACAUUUUCACAGUUGUAGGGAUGCAAGAGUUCUUCUACAAUGAAGUACCUGUUAGGAUGCGAACGAUGGGGUUUGCACUGUACACAAGUGUUUUCGGGCUCGGAAGUUUCCUGAGUGCCUUGAUGAUUUCAGUCAUUGAAGCCUUCACAAGUUCAGGAGGAAGACAAAGUUGGUUCUCUGAUGACAUGAGGGAAGACGGACUCGACAAGUACUACUGGCUUUUAGCCUUAGCAAGUACUUUGAGUUUACUGUUCUAUGCAAUUUUCUCCAAGUUCUAUACAACGACAAGUGAACUCGAAAAUGGAAACUGUAAAUAAGCUCUUUUCUAGUUUGAUCUGUUUAAUAAAGUUUUGUGCAAUGCUUUCUGUUGAUAUAGUAAGAAAAGAGCUCCUUUUUCUGUA